AGUUAAAAUACUUUGCAUUUCCUUCGGGCGUAUGCAUGAAUGAAAUCAUUACCUCAUAUCCCAUACAAAAUGUCUAGCGAACUAUGCAUAUAGUUUUGUUAAAAAUAGUCGAGAUUUCAACCGUGAACGUGGCCCCUUCCACACAAAAUAUUUAUAUUGGGAUAUCUGGAGAAAUAUACUCGCAAGAGUCCACAAUUUUGUACAAAUCACUUUUUUUUGUGUAAAUUUUCGUUUCCUCAACCGGAUUAGAAGAAUAUAGAACCAAAUUUGGUAGGAAACCACCAAAAUAGCAACGAUGAGCUCAAUACAUUUUUUUAAAAAUAAUUAUAAUAAUUUGUUAUGAAAAUCUUUAAAUAGGUGAGGAUGGAUUCCCGGAAAAUAAAUGAAAAUUUGUGUAUUAUUUGUCUGGGUGACAAUGUGAUCUUAGACUGGAAUGAAAACGUUGCCGAAUUAUGUAAUAUGAGCUACAAAGAUUGCUACUACAAAUAUACAAAGCUGCAGCCAAGCACAUUGGAUUCUUUUCCGUCAAAUUUAUGUAAAAUAUGUUCAAAUGGACUUAGAAAUGCUCAUUUAUUAUUUGAAAAAGCAUUAGAAUCUUUUAAAUUUCUUCAAGAGGCACUGACAAAUAAAGAAGAAUUCGACAUGGAAAUAAAUACGAGUCAAGAUACAAUGAACUUCGAAAUUAAGAUUUUGGAUGUUUGUCAGUCAAAUGAUUUAAUUGAAGAAGAAUCUCUCACAGAUGAUAAGGCAUUAAUAGAUAUUGAAGAUGAAAUAAUGUGUCCCACAAAUGCUUACGAUAAUGUUGUACGUAUAGAAAAUGCAAUAGAUGAUAGUAUUUCUAAGGAAAUACCUAUACAUGAAGAUGAAAUAAUAAUUGAAAAUGUUGACAUUACUCCAAUAGCAAUUAGCGAACCUUCGACCGAGGUAUUAUUGGAACAGGAUCUAGGUCAAAGUUCUGAUACAAAACCUACCACCACCUCAACUACGGUUAAAUAUGCAAUAGAUGAUAGUAUUUCUAAGGAAAUGCCUAUACAUGAAGAUGAAAUAAUAAUUGAAAAUGCUGACAUUACUCCAAUAGCAAUUAGCGAACCUUCGACCGAGGUAUUAUUGGAACAGGAACUAGGUCAAAGUUCUGAUACAAAACCUACUACCUCCUCAACUACGGUUAAAGUCAGAAAAAUUAAGUACUAUUUGUGUGCAAUUUGCUCUUUAAAAGUCAACAAUAAAACAACGCUGAGAACUCACGAAGCCACACACAGUGAAAAUAGAAAACGAACUGAAACUUGUCCCAAAUGUGGGAUUAAACUAUAUACGAAAAUGGCCUUAAAAAGUCACAUGGAAACACAUGAAGAGAAUCGGCAAAAAAAAUACAAAUGUGAAUUUUGUGAUAAAGCAUUCUUCAAUCGGGGAGCACUUAAUGUUCAUAGGCGUAUACAUCUUGGUCAGAUGGUGCCAUGCCGACUAUGCCCAAAAGAAUUUUUCCGACGAGUUGAUUUAGACAGACAUUUGGAGAGACACUCAGCAGCCCAUCUCCAAAAAAAAGGUGGACAGUCGAAGUACACAGUGCAAUGUCAAUAUUGUAAUAAGACGGUUGCCUCUACAAAGUGGAGGGCACAUAAAGCUGUUCACAUCGGUGAACCUGAAGUGAAAUGUAAAAUUUGUGAUAAGGAUUUCUUUUCCAGGCACAAUGUCGUCCGACAUUUAAAUAAAGUACAUCAGAAAGUCAAAGAUGAAUAUGAGGAAUUCAUUUAUUACUAUGCUAAUUGUGUUACACGUAUGUCUCAUUUAAUGAUAAAACAACAAGAAAUAGUACAACAAGUUACUGACUAAAUGUUCGAAUUCAUGUACAAGCAUCAAAACAUGAUAAUAUGAAUAUUUAUUGGAAUAUGAAACAAAUAUUUAAUCAAUGAAUAAGUUUUUUUUUGUGAAAUCAAUCAAUGAAAUUAAUACAUUGUUUAAAAAGUUAUCUUUUCUUUUUAAAG